UAUAAAUUAAAAAUGAAGAAAUAAGAUUGGAAAUUCAUGUAGGUAUUUGGGGAUAAGGCAUCCUCAGAUAAUGUGAGUGAUGAAGAUAUCAUAUCUGCAGUUUAAUUUGAGAGGACUGGUAGAUUUUUAGGAUUAGGAGACAGGGCUGGGCGAUUAAUAGUAUUUGAGGUACCAUAAAGUAAGAAGAAAGAUAAGGCUGAAUAUUAGUAUGAAUUUAGAUGAUAAAUUAGAUAUUUGACAGAAUUAUAAUCACAUACAAGGGAAUUUGAUUUUUUAAAGAGUACUGAUAUAGAAGAGAAGAUAAAUCAAAUUUAGUGGUUAAGAUCAUAAGGGAAGAAUAUGUAUGUAUUGACAACAAAUGAUAAAACGGUGAAGUUGUGGAAGAUCAGUGAAAAAAACGUAACUAAGGUUAUCAAAUAGAGUGGAAAAGAUUUAGCAAUGCCUAAAUUAUAAGUUGUUGAAAGUGGAUUGAUUCCAAGGUAAAAAAAAUAAUUAUUAAUUAUAAAGUGUAAGAAAAGUAUUUCCAAAUUUGCAUAAUUAUCAUAUAAAUUCAUUAACAGCAUCAAAUAAUGAAGAAUUUGUUUUAACAUCAGAUGAUUUAAAAGUAUAUUUAUGGAGUGUAGAAUAACCAUCAAAAGCAUUUGUAGCAGUAGAUCUCAAACCUGAGAAUUUAGAUGAAUUAAGUGAAGUAAUAACAUCUUCAACAUUUCAUCCGACAUUGGAUAAUUAAUUUUUAUAUACAACUAGCAAAGGAAUAAUUAAAUUAUGUGAUAUGAGAAAAUCAGGAAUAUGUGAUAAUACAGCUAUUACAAUGGCAGAAACAGAGGAUCCAUCAAAAAAGAAUUUCUUUACUGAAAUAGUUACAUCUAUUUCAGAUGCCUGUUUUAGUCGAAAUGGAAAAUAUAUAUUUUCAAGNUGUAAAAUGAUUAAUAUUUUGUAUAAUAAAUUAAAACAUGUUCUCUCUUGCAUUAUAAGAAUAAAAUAUAUUAAUUUUGAUUAUAUAAAUGAUAGCUACAUAGUUAAUAAUUAUAUAUUAUAUGAUAAGAUUGUUUAAUGUUAUCUUCAGAAUUGA